UUUGUCUUUCUCAUUGUAUGUAAAGGGUUAUUGUUACACGAAUUAGAUGUUAAACGUCAUUUAAACACGUCAUUUGUAUUCAUUUCCUGACACACCGAAUUUUAAAGUACCAAUGGCGUGUAUAAUUAAUAUUUAUUUAUUUAUAAGUUCGUGGAUUUUAUUGUUUGACGCUAGUGUAGCUCUUAGUAAAUAUUCCGCCGAAGCAAAUGCACCGAAAAUUGAGGAUCCUCUGGAUAUUUUAACCUCUCUUCGCGAUUUGGAUAAACCGUACCGAAUGGCAAAAUUAAAUACAUUAUGGAUUAAAGCAAAAAACCGGUUGACUGACUCCAAACUCCAAUCAAUAUUCAGUGAUUUGAAGAUUCAUGACAAAGAAGAAAUUGCGUAUAAGCAUAUGAAAGCUGAUGGGAAAGAUCCAAAUGGCGAAGAAGAAGCUCGUUUAAGAAAGAAGCUUAUAGGGAUUAUGAGCACGUAUGGGAUAUUGGAGCACUUUGAUGAUACAGAGAACCCUGAAUUAUUGAAGAAACAUAAAGCAUUAAAUGAUGGCAGUAAUUAUAUUGCCAAAGAUGUAUUUAAAGACAAGAAGUUAAAUAAGUUAUGGGCUAAAGCUGAAUUUGCUGGUUUUACUUCUGAAGAAUUAAAAACUUUGAAGGAAGAAUUCCAGCAUCACCAAGAUAAAAUAGACGAAUAUAAGAGUCUUUUGAAAGAUGUGGAUGCUGGAGAUUCGGAAGCAGAUGAAAACAGUUUAGUUAGCAAGCCGGAAGUCUGGAAUAUGAUAGAAGGAGAAGAAAAAGUGACUAAUGAUAUACCUGGACAAAAAUUGAAUCGUUUACAAAAGGCAGCAUUGCUUAGAGAGAAACAUCUGGAAAUUGGAAGUGGAUUUGAUAGAUUGGACAGAUUAGCUGCCAAAGGUCCCAACCAUAGAGAAUUUAUAGAACCUAAAGUACAAGGGUUAUGGAGAAUUGUGUUAGAAAGUUCAUUUUCUCCAGAAGAACGUGCUUCUUUAAAGAAGGAACUUCAACAUUAUGAAGGAAGAUUACUUAAAUUGCGUCAUCUACACACUGAAGCUGCUUUGGAAGCUGCACGGAAAGGUCAGACUCACGACCCUGAUAACUCCACCAGAGAACAACAUAUUAAAAAACAUGCUAGAACAGUUCAAAAGCUUCAUAUGGAACUUGAAGCAAGAAUUACACAGAAACAUACCGAACUUUAAAUUACACAAAUGUGAUGUUUCACAAAUUUAUACAAAUUUUAUUGCUUAUAAAUUAAUCUUAACAUAUUAGCUGUUUUAGAAAGAAUAUAUAUAAAAUUAACUGAAAGAAUGUAUUACUAUUUUAAAUGCGAUUGAGUGUAAAAACGAUAAUGUAUGGAGGACCAACGACGUUGUAGGCUUUACAU